GAUGCGGAGGAAGACCUCGAAGAUGAUGAGCAGAGUGAGGAGGAAGAUCUCGAGGAUGAUGAACACGAGCAGGAGAGGGCGAUGGAUGAUGAGUCGGAUGAUGGAGAGGUUGACGAGGACAGGGAAGAGUAUGAUGAGAUAGAGAUGGAGGAGAUGCGGGAGCUGAUAGAGGACGAGCUCAACCUCGAUCGGCGGGUACUAAAGAGCCCACGUCUGGCUAUCCAACGCAUCAAGCUCAUCGCUCGCCGCACACACUUCAGCUCUACCCGUCGACGUGCCCUCAGGCAGUAUUGUGUCCAGAAGAAGGUUCCCGAGAAGAUUCUACCCCGUGCAGUUGUCACUCGCUGGACGUCACUCACGAACAUCAUCGCUGUCACGCUCCAGAUUUGCCCCGCCGUCGCACUUCUCACCGAGAAUCCCAAGCACAAGCUUACGCAUCUCGCCCUUGACGAGGAGCAGUGGACGUUUCUCGGUCAUCUUUAUCCCAUCGUUGAUCAAUUCCGUCGGGCCAUAGUCCACCUCGAGGCUCGUAACCGACCGUUCCUCUAUGAAGUCAUUCCUGGCAUGGACAACCUCAUCACGUUCCUAGAGGACAAGGCCAGUGACGAGAACCUUCCCAUUGCAAUCCGCGCUGCUGCCUUCAACGGUCUAAAGAUCAUGAAAAAGUACUAUGCCCUCACUGAUGACUCAAUUCUUCCACGCUGUGGCAUCAUAUGCCACCCUGGCCUCAAGAUGGUCUAUUUCACGAGAGCAGGAUGGAGCAUCGACUGGAUAGCUGCA